CACAAACAAAAAAAACAAAAAGGAGAAGAGAACAAGAAGACGACAAAUAACCAAAAAUUCCCUAUUUCCCUAACACAUUUGAUUAUUUCCUUCCAACGAACUCUCUCUCCCUCCUCCUUUCUCCCAUGGAUCCCGUCUCUGGCUACGCCGGACCACGCCAGCCUCGAUCCGGAGGCAAGAUUGUUCGACCACGCCGGACCGCCGUCGUCAGGGGGCCGUAUGACCGCCCCGCUCCAAGAUCCCGGGAUCCUCCUCAGCAAAACCCUAGUUGGAUCUCCAGGCUCGUUUACAAACCUGCCAGCGUAAUUGCUUCCGGCGCCGGGAAAUUCAUUUCUUCCGUCGUCUUUUCUGAAUCCUCCUCAUCUUCUUCGGAGGACGAGGAUUCUUCUUCAGAAAUUGAAGGUGACGAGGAUGUUGAGAAGAACAUUACCGACUUUACUGAAGAUGAAACAAUGGUAGAGGACCUUGUGAACGGCCAGCAAUCAACCAUCCAACGACUCAGUUCUAAGCGUGUAAUUGAGCAGCUUCUCAUGCAAGAAACAUUUGCAAGGGAAGAAGGCGAUAGAUUAAUAGAUAUCAUCAAGGCCAGAGUUGUAGAUCAUCCCAGUCUCCCGGCUUCUAAUGAGGGGAGGCAUAGUGGCAAUGAAUUGACAAGUGAGGUGAAUGUGGGUGAAAUGUCCAAUAAAGCUGUUAUGGAAGCAAAAAGAUGGUUGGAGGAGAAGAAAUCAGCUUCAAAAUCAAAGUCUAAAGCAACUGAAGAUGGUGCUGGAUCGCCUGUGGACGUGGCCAAGUCAUAUAUGCGAGCUCGUCUGCCAUGGGGAUCUCCGGCUGUGAACAAUUCAGAGUUUCGGUCACCAUCACCAGGAGGGAUGUCGCUGUUUAAGGAAGGGACACCAUUUCCUUAUAGUGCUGGAAACUUAGCCUCUUCCAAGCUGAAAAGGAGAUCCCGUUCUAAUCCGUCAUGGAAUAUUCAAGAUGAGAUUCGCAAAGUCAGAGCUAAAGCAACAGAAGAAAUGCUUAAAACUGCAUCCCCUAGUAGUGUAGCCUCGUUGCAACCUAAACACAGCCCCUAUGUUUUAAAUGCACCUUUGAAUGUUGAUGAAGGUGUGCAAGCUGUACGAAAUGAGCAAAGCGGGGUUCUACCAAAUUCGACCGUACCUACCUCUGAACAAAAUCAGACUACGGAAGCUAAUCAAGCCGUUGAAGAAACAGUAGCUUUACACACUAGAUCUCGUGGAGUUAAUUUGGACAAGAUAUCUAUCUCCACACAAGGAGUCAAGCCAUCGGAAGAUACAGAUACCGCUCCUCGAAGUGGAACCGGUGGAGAUGACGAGUUUAUCCAACCUAGCUCGACUAUGGGAGACGCCACAAAUGCUGUCUUAGCCCUUGGGGCAACAUUGGAUCCAACUGGGAACUUUUGUAUCCCAAAAGAUGUGUUUGAAACAUCAAAAGAAGCUGAUGAAACAGGCGCAUCACGUCCUGCUUCUAACGGUUUCCCAUCUUCAUCACCGAGCUCACUAGUGGCUAUGGAAGAUCAAACAAAACCCAAACCGCAAGAUGAAACCGAGGCUUCUCAGCCUGUAGCUGAAACUCCUGGUGACGAUAUCACAGUAGGGAAUGGGUCAGAUGGUGUGAUUGAUAACGAAAACAAUAACAGCGACUCGAGUGCCUCACAUAACAGUUCAAGCACGCAUGAAGAAGAGUGGCUCCCAGGAGACCAGUCUCUGCCUAACUCAAACUCAGCAAGUAGCAGUCCUGGUACUUCCAAGGUGUUGGCAUACUCGAGAAGAGGAAGAGGCAGAGGUAGAGGGAGAGGCCGAGGAGGUCGAGGCAAAGGACGGGCCAAAUAAACUGUUGUAAGCAGAGAGCUGUACACAAGAACCCAAUGCAGUAGGAGAGUAUUAUGAGGUAGGAUUAUGUGUCAUCUCUUUUAGAUCUCAGUCCCACUCUGUUUGUGUUUGGUCUUUUGUGUUAUCUCCUUAGGUUUUUCUUGUAGUAUCUGAGUUAGGAGGAUUUAUCUUCUGAGGUUAUGUUGAAUUGUGUCUGUUUUUAUUAAUUUCCGAAUCUUUAAUGUUUAUGUUGUAAGUUUGAAGAUUGGUUUCGUUCUAGCUGACAAAGCCUUUUGCACUUUGCGGUUUCCAUUUUGAACUCUUUUUUACUUUGUUCAGUGCCAAAUUUAAAUUUUUAACUUGAC